AUGAUGAAACAGCAACAUUCCCAGCAAGAAGACCAAAUUUUCGACCUGUUGGGGGUCAUGAUUCGUCAAGAACGUACGCGAUAUCGGGUUGUCAACUACCUCCAACGCGAGAUGGUGUACGAAUGCCAGCAGCAGCAAUCCCAGUAUGUGGUUGAAGCGUGCGCCAGUAUCACUAACAACCAAUACGCCGUCAAAAAAUCCCAAUCUUCGACCUCUCUGCGAGACGUCCAAGGCGACGUUGGCAAUUCCAGCCCCCGAUCGGCGCGAACGACUUCGGGCCCCUUGAGGAUUGAAUCUACAGCGUCCCCAGUUUCCGACCGAGCCGUCCAGUUUUCUUUCUGGCGACAGCAAAUGUUCGACUGGGCUUGUAUGGUGACGGACUGUUUCAGUAUCGAUCGGGAAGUUGUCGCGGCUAGUUUCAAUCUUUUGGAUCGAUACGUUGCCCGCGAACUAUCAUCGCACUCGUCAUCAACUUGUCCGGAUGAUUACUCGCCGGCGUUGGUGUCCCCAAUUUCGCGCGAAGACUUUCAACUAUUCAGUAUGACGUGUCUGUACAUUACCGUGAAGAUUCUCGAACCCUAUCCGCGCAAGCUCAGUUUGGAGGCUUUGGUGGACAUGUCGCGAGGAUUCUACACACCGGACGAUAUUGCCGUUACCGAACGCGAAAUAAUGACUGCUCUUUCCUGGCACUUGCAUCCUCCAACCGCUAUUGGCUUUUCACGAAUGUACUGGUCUCUGCUGGCGUCUACGGACGCGACUGAACCUAGCUCUGCGGUCCAAACGACCUGUGCGACGCUGACGGAACUCGCGGUCGCUAACGCUGAAUUCAUCGACAGUCCGCCUUCACUCGUGGGAUUGGCUGCCACCGUGCUCGCCUACCGACUGCCGGCCAAUACCAAUGCCCAUGAUACUGAUCAGAAUGGAUGUUCCGCUGCGGUUCACGAAGCGCAGGCUCGCUUGCUGCUCGCCAAACUCGCUCCUCUGGUGGAACCCCAGGCACAACAGUUUCAUGCCAUAUACACGCAACUGGAAGCUUUGUAUGGAAAUUGA